AUGGCAGCCCAAGUCAAUGAGACGAAGAAGAUGACGGUCUUCGUCACCGUCCCUAGGCCCCGCCGUCCAGACUAUGCUCCGGACGCCCUAAAGGUCGUCGCCCUAGAGGUCUCUAGCGACGACACGGUGGCGAGCGUCAAGGCAACGCUCCAGGACAUGGAGGGGAUCCCGCCGUCGCGGCAACGCCUCGUGUUCGCCUGCUCGGCUCUGCCGGACGACGACGACACGACGCUGGCCGAGCACGGCGUCGUCCACUCGUCCACGAUCACUCUCGUGGAGACGAAGAUGCGGGUGUUCGUGCAGAGGUUAGACCGCAGCAUCAUAACCAUCUCCGGGGUAGAGAGUAGCGACACCGUCGAGAGCUUCCGGGUCAGGGUGCAGGCGCAGGACGACAACGGGGCGAAGGGCGUCGGGAUCCGGCCAGCGCGGCAGCGGCUCCUCUGCGGUGGGAAACAGAUGGAGGACGGGCACACGCUGGCGGCCUACGGCGCACGGCACGAAACUACUAUGAUGCUCCUCGUCCGCUGGAUCGUCAAUUACCGGACAAGGGCGGUGGAGCUGGACGUGGAUGUCACGGACACGGUGGGCAGGAUCAAGGAGCGGGUGGAGGAGGCGGAAGGUGUACCGGUGGAGUGCCAGAGCCUCUUGCUUGGUGCGGAGGAGCUGGACGACAGCCGCACGCUCCCACACUUGAUCUUUGAGACGGGCACUUUUGUGAAAAUUGAGUGCGAGAGGCAAGAGAGAGGUGCCGAGACCAACACGAGCACAAAGGGAAAGGGAGAGGAGCCGCCGGUGAUGGGCAAGGAAGUGGUUAAGAGACACGCCUACGGCGAUGUCACUGGCCCGGCUCGAAAAAAGAACAAGGGGAUCCCAGCCCCACAAUGGAGGCGCUUCCUUGUCCAUCUUCUCGGUCCAGAGCUAGCGGCGAUCUGUCCUUCUUCUUGUGACACGGACCCCGUUUAUUAG